AUGGCGGGGCUCGAUCUAACCCUCCCGCACUUGAAGCUCAAUGAUGGCAACAAGAUGCCAAUGCUCGGUUAUGGUACCGGAACAGCAUGGUAUAAGAUGGGCGAAGAGGACAAGAUAGACCAGGCUAUAAUUGAUGCUGUCCAGAUGGCAAUCAAGUUGGGCUAUAUACACCUAGAUGGUGCCGAGAUGUACAAGACCGAGUCGGAACUUGGCAAAGGCAUCAAAGAGAGUGGAGUGUCUCGUGACAAGUUGUUUGUAACUACCAAGGUUGACAACGCAAACAUCAACGACAUCGCCGGGGCCAUCAAGACCAGCCUCAAAAAGUUACAAUUGGAAUACGUCGACUUGUAUCUCCUUCAUCAGCCAUGGUUCGCCCGUUCAGACAAAGAGCUUCAGAAGGCUUGGGCGGACAUGGAGGCUGUGCAGCAAGCCGGACUUGCUAAAAGUAUCGGUGUCUCCAACUUCCAACCCGACCACCUUACUGCAGUGCUCAAGACUGCAAAGGUUGUUCCGGUUUGUAACCAAAUUGAGUUUCACCCAUACUUGCAACAGACAGAGCUACUGAAUUUCCACAAGCAACAUGGCAUCGCUACCACAGCAUAUGCGCCACUGACUGCAGCAACAAAGGCAAAGCCAGGUCCGCUGGAUGACUAUGUUGGCCGAUUGUGCAAGAAGUAUGCCGUUUCCGAAAACGAGAUUUACCUUCGAUGGUGCAUCGAUCAGGACAUUGUCCCAAUCACGACGAGUUCCAAGGAGCAGAGACUGAGUGAUUAUCUGAGGGCUGUAACGUUCAAAUUGACGCCUGCAGAAAUCAAGGAGAUCGUAGAGCUUGGUCAGAAGAAGCACUUCAGAGGGUUCUGGCAGCAGCAGUUCGCCGAGUGA